GUUUGCACAGCUUCCUGCUCCCAGUACUCUUGUCUGCAGCAUCAUGGCAAUGACUGUCUACCUUUCCUGCCUCCUGGUCCUGUCUAUGGCCGGCCUGGCUCAAGGCAUCAAGAGCUCCCUUAGGAGCCAGGACCCAGGACCCCAGCCGCUGGAGCUGAAACAGGCCUUCACAUUGUUCCAGAUCCAGUACAACCGGAGUUACUCAAACCCAGAAGAGUAUGCCCGUCGCCUGGACAUCUUUGCACACAACCUGGCCCAGGCUCAGCAGCUGGAGGAGGAAGACUUAGGCACAGCCGAGUUUGGGGUGACUCCAUUCAGUGACCUCACAGAGGAGGAGUUUGGCCGGCUCUACGGGCAUCGGAGGAUGGAUGGAGAGGCUCCCAAAGUGGGCAGAGAGGUAGGGUCUGAAGAGUGGGGGGAGUCAGUGCCCCCAACCUGUGACUGGCGGAAGUUGGAUGGAGUCAUCUCAUCCGUCAAGAAGCAGGUACCUGCCCCAGUCCGGCCUAGUCCAGCCCUGGGGGUGGAGGGACGGCGGGGGCAAGGCCCAGAAAUCUCUUCUGCUGCCCCCCUCGUGCAGGAAAGCUGCAGCUGUUGCUGGGCCAUGGCAGCGGCAGGCAACAUCGAGGCCCUGUGGGGCAUCAAAUACCGCCAGUCCGUAGAACUCUCCGUGCAGGAGCUGCUCGACUGUGGCCGCUGUGGGGAUGGCUGCAGGGGUGGCUUCGUCUGGGAUGCGUUCAUAACCGUCCUCAACAACAGUGGGCUGGCCAGCGAAAAGGACUACCCAUUCCAAGGGCACGUCAAACCCCACCGGUGCCUGGCCAAGAAGCAUAAGAAGGUGGCCUGGAUCCAGGAUUUCAUCAUGCUGCCGGACAACGAGCAGAAAAUCGCCUGGUACCUGGCCACCCAAGGCCCCAUCACCGUGACCAUCAAUAUGAAGCUCCUGAAGCUAUACAAGAAGGGUGUGAUCGAGGCCACGCCCACCUCCUGUGACCCUUUCCUCGUGGACCACUCUGUCCUGCUUGUGGGCUUUGGGAAGAGCGAGUCAGUGGCGGACAGGCGGGCAGGGGCAGCCGGAGCCCAGCCUCAAUCUCGCCGCUCAAUCCCGUUCUGGAUCCUGAAGAACUCCUGGGGCACCAAAUGGGGUGAGAAGGGCUAUUUCCGGCUGUACCGAGGGAAUAACACCUGUGGCAUCACCAAGUACCCACUCACUGCCCGUGUGGACCAACCAGCGAAGAAGCGCCCAGUGUCCUGCCCUCCCUGAGCCUGCGCGACUGACCCUCAGCUCUGUCCUGCUAUGCCAGCUGUCUCCUCGCCAGCCCUACCCAAGGCUUUUGCCCGUCCUCUUAAUCUUGCUACGGCCUGAAUAAACCAAGAUAAGCUCCCUGGC